AGUUAAACAAAUCCAGAGAAAGAAGAAGAAGAAGAAGAGAGAGACGCGAGUGUGGAGCGCUGCUCUGUUUUCUUUUUUUUGUUUGUGUUCUAAGAAAACCGGAAACAGAAAAGAAAGCUAAAGACAAAUACAGAGUGUAGAGAGAGAGAGGGGAGAGGGGAUUUGAGCUUUUUGCUGUUCUGUUGGAGUUGAAAACCUUCGUGGCGUUUUGGGUUUUCUUUUUUUCCAAUUUUCUUUCACUCUGCUUUUGUUCACCAUUCGCCAUUAUUGAGCUCCAAUCCUUUUCCAUCUGGGUUUUGGUUUCAGCUUUCAUUUUACCCUUCAGGAGUUCGCCGUAAUUUGGAGCUUCUAGUCGGAAAGUUUGCUCCUUUUCUUCGUCGGGGGUGUGUUAUCUCUGUUUCUUUUGUUUGUUUGGGAAUUUGCUCUGUUUUUUCCCCUUCUCCUUUUCCCCAUUCGUAAUGAAGGUGGAGGACGUAAGCGCCGGCGGAGGCAGCUCUGCUACUUUCGGCCGUGAGUUUUUCCCGUCCGGGUUGCGGGUUCUGGCCGUCGACGACGACCCGGUUUGUCUCCGGCUUAUCGGACAUCUCCUUCGUAGAUGCCAGUAUCAAGUCACGGUGACGAAUCAUGCGCUGGAAGCUCUUAAAAUGCUGAGGGAGAAGAGAAACGAGUUUGACUUGGUGAUUAGCGACGUGAACAUGCCAGACAUGGACGGGUUCAAGCUGCUGGAGCAUGUCGAAUUCGAAAUGGACAUUCCAGUAAUCAUGCUGUCUGCUCACAGUGACAAGGAGCUGGUCUACAAGGGUGUGACUCACGGUGCUGUGGACUACCUGCUGAAGCCGGUUCGAAUCGAGGAGCUGAAGAACAUAUGGCAGCAUGUGGUGAGGAAGAAGAAAACGGGAGGGAAGAGGACCGAUUCGUCGAGCUUGACUAAUAAGGUUGAGAGAGAUGGCAAUGGGGUUGUUGUUGGUGGUGUCGGAUCGAGUGAGAGCUCCGACGCGAAUGGGAGAUCAAGCAGGAAGAGGAAAGAUCAGGAUGAUGAGGAUGGGGAGGAAGAAGAUGAGGAUAGUGAUGGAGGAGGGGAGAAUGAGGAAGGAGGGAACCAGAAGAAGGCUAGGGUUGUGUGGUCUGUUGAUCUGCAUAAGAAGUUUGUUCAUGCUGUUAAUCAGCUGGGAUAUGACAAGGCUGUUCCUAAGAAGAUUCUUGAUCUGAUGAAUGUUGAUGGACUCACAAGGGAGAAUGUAGCUAGUCAUCUUCAGAAAUACAGGCUCUACCUGAGAAGAAUGAGCUGUGAUAAAGCCAUGGGCAUCCCAUAUGGAUCUAAAGAUGGCUCCUCCUACCCCGGCAUAGCCUCAUCGAUCGAUGGAUUCGACGAAUUUCGAAGCUUGACAACACCGGGAAGGCUCUCAACAUACCAACCAGGAGGCUUGCUUGGCCGACUGAACUCUUCAUCUGGUCUAACCUUGAGAGGAAUCGCCUCAUCUGGCUUGCUCCAACCAACCAAUUCCCAAGCUUUGCUGAAUUCUUCCAUCACUACUCUUGGUCAACAAGUUCAGCAGCCAUCACUUCUCUCCACUGCCCAAACUCCAGGCCGAUUUUCGCUUUCUCAAUGCAAGCCAAAUUUUGUACUUGUUCCCAGCAUAGGAGGAGUCACCAGUACUUCUGGAAACUCUAUGCUGCUACCCAAUAGUCAUCACACUAGGGGAACAUUUGGAGCUCAGCCAGCUGCCCUUAGUAUGCCCUCGUUGAAUCGGGAUUCUUUCGAUGUUGGGAUCCAACAUGGACCGUUGUCUCCCAACUUGUUGGACAGCAGCAGAUGUAAUGGAAGCUGGGAAAACGCAAUCCAGCUACCAAAAUUUCCAUCCAAUCCAUUAGGUGAACAGUUUGGUCAUGAGCCCUCAUUGCCUGUGAGGGAUUGUGUGCCUUCUUCCAGCUCUCAGAUUGCGAAUAUCGAUUUCAGUUCUGCUAGCCUUGGACCUCCACCUGCUGCUGCUGAAAUGACAGGUCAAGUUGGGCUCAUUGGCAAUGCGAUUGAGGGCUUUAGCAAUCCUGGCUUGACCAACUCAUUUGGUGGUAUGAACUCCAUGGAUUCAUUAGAUCAGGUGUCAUUUGAUCAUGGUAUGGAUCAAGGGAGAAGCUUUGAUGGUUCUUCUUCUGCCGCUGGGCAAUUGAGUGAUGGUGUUUCACCUUCUGGGUUUGAAGUUGACAAAUCACAGAAUGGAUUCAUUGUGGAUAGUAGUAGCUUUGAUCCUCUUGAUGAUAUGGUGGCUGCAAUGCUCAAAAGGGAGCAGAAUGAAGGUCUGAUCAUCGACGGAGACUUUGGAUUGGACGCGUACCAGAUCGGAUCAUGCAUCUGAGCCUUGGUCAUGGAGCAUAAAAGGGCCUUUUUAGGGGUUUCACUAGGGGACUUAACUGUAUCAUCAUGGGUCUUAGUAAUUUCUAGACUUAUUUUUUAGGUUAUGUUCCUUUUGCUCUCUGCAACUUUGGUUCCUGUUUAGUGGUACUGUUCAGGUGACUGGAGAGCAAAGUUAAUUUCUCUCAGUUGGCAACUUGGGUUUUAAGUUAGGAGCUUUUUAGGGUUAAUCGCAGAUGAUUUAGUUUCUCCAUGUUCAUAAGAUUUGGAAAAUAAUGGAAAUGGCAUUAU